CGCAGCCGCAGCCGGGGGCUCGGCGAUCCGCGGGGCUCCAGCACGAGCGCUGCCCGAAGCCGGCGGCGGCCCGCCGAGAGCCCGCUCCGCCGCGGCCGGGAGAUAACCCGCCGUCUGCCAUCAUGAUCAAGGGCUGUCACAAUGAGUGCAUGGCUGGAGGAUGUUCAGGAGAAACAGCAAAGCAUAUAACUGAAUCUUUCAAGGCUUCAGACUUGAUUAUCACCCCAGCUACGACUUUCAAGGAAAAACCAGACCCCAGUGGUUUGGUAUUUGGAACUGUGUUCACUGAUAAUAUGCUGACAAUUGAAUGGUCCUUGGCUUCAGGAUGGGAGAAACCUUACAUUAAACCGCUUGAGAACCUUUCACUACAUCCAGCCUCCUCAUCUCUGCAUUAUGCUAUAGAACCAAGAGGACAGACAGAGGAGAAUCUGGUGCCAAUGCUGUGGCUCAAUGAAUACACAUUGUUUGAAGGAAUGAAGGCUUACCGAGGAGUGGAUGGCAAAAUCCGCCUGUUCCGGCCAACCCUCAACAUGGACAGGAUGGCGCGAUCAGCAAAACGAGCAACUCUGCCAUGUUUUGACCAGAAUGAGCUGUUAGAGUGCAUCCGGAAGCUUGUGGAAGUGGAAAAGGAGUGGGUCCCAUACUCAACUGCUGCCAGCCUGUAUAUCCGUCCUACCUUAGUUGGAACCGAGCCUUCCCUUGGAGUGAAGAAGCCAACUAAAGCCCUACUGUAUGUCAUACUUAGCCCUGUGGGCCCUUACUUUGCAAGUGGAAGCUUUAAUCCAAUAUCUUUAUGGGCAGAUCCAAAAUAUGUAAGAGCCUGGAAAGGAGGAACGGGGGACUGCAAACUGGGAGGGAAUUAUGGUUCUUCUAUUUAUGCCCAGCAAGAAGCCCUGGAGUUAGGCUGCCAGCAGGUUUUGUGGCUCUAUGGAGAAGAUCACCAAAUAACAGAAGUUGGAACAAUGAAUCUGUUUCUCUACUGGAUAAAUGAAGAUGGAGAAAAUGAACUGGCAACCCCACCUUUAGAUGGCAUCAUCCUUCCAGGAGUGACAAGACAAAGCAUUUUGGAUCUGGCACGCAAUUGGGAAGAGUUUAAAGUAUCUGAGCGAUACAUCACCAUGAGUGACCUGACAGCUGCCUUGGAAGAGAACAGAGUAAAGGAGAUGUUUGGUGCUGGAACAGCUUGUGUUGUAUGUCCUAUCUCUAAAAUUUUAUAUAAGGGCAAGCAUUUGCACAUUCCAACUAUGGAGAAUGGACCUCAGUUAACCACCCGUUUCCUGAAUAAGCUGAGUGAUAUCCAGUAUGGAAGAGAAGACAGUGAUUGGGCAGUGCUGGUGUCGUGAAGGUGGAAGAGUUCAGACCCUCCAGACAGAACAGACAUGAAUAAUGACAACUUCUGUAGCUGCCUGUGCGUAGUGUAGUUUCUGUACCAAUUUGCUCCCCAGGAUGAUUGUUUCCACAAUCUGGCAAAUGUGAACACAAUCAUUUUGAUUUCUACUGUAAUCCUGUUGGUAAAAGCCUGUCUUCUUGGUAGAGGUGCUAAAUGUUAGCAAUAGAACUUUCCUAAUGGUUUUCUUAGUGCCUCCUUGUGUCUUAUGUACAGUCUGAAAACUUGUAAAAUGCUCUUCAACUGCUCUUCAGUUUGGUUUGUUUUAACUGCCAUCACCAGCAGAGCACAUUGUCAUAUAACACAAAAAUGUUGCCUGUUAGCUGGCCACAGGGUUCUGUUGACAUUAUUCUGCCUUUUGCUCUGUGUUUGGGAAACAAUUAAGUUUAGACAUAUGCUCUUUCCUUUCAUUCUCUGCUUGUAUGGGAGAUUCCUGAGUCUGCAUAGCCCUCUAGAUCCCCUCAUGCAUACUCUGUCAAAUAACAGCUCUGUCCUUCAGGCUAAAAUUCUCUGAGUCAAUCUAGCCUGCAAUAGGCUCUCUGUUGGCCUAUUGCCUUUCCCUCCAUGGGGAUAUGCAGUGGCUGCUUGGGCAGUGCAUACCUCUCUAAUAGUUGAAUACAUCCUUCCAUAUGUCAUUUAUAGGGCUGGGUCAGGCCCUGCUGAGACAAGAAUUACCCUUUGUCUGGCCUAGCACAGAGCUGGGCGCUGCAGACACAGUGUUGCCUUCCAGGUGAAUGUCUAGAAAAUAAGAUUAGACAGCUGUGGCUGUGAAAGUUGAACAACUCUUCACAGCAACCAAACCUUUGGAUUGAGGAAUUUCUUUCAUCAUCCAGUCACAUAAUUUAGAUCACCAAAAUAUUUUUCUUGUCCCCUUCACGACUCGCUGUGAAAUGUGUCCAGCCUCCAUUGACAGACAUGUACGUUAAUAGGGCCUUCCUAUUAAGGAACAAGCUAUGUUGUCAACAGAAACUAUCUGGCACAAGAAGGAAAGAGAUUUCCUUCAAACCCUGAUUUCAUUCUGGUUAAGCACAUACUUCGUAUACAGCUACUCUCUCACAUGCAGUCUUGAUACUAUUUGGAAACAAUAUAGAGCAUGUAGCUCAUACUUAGGGAAAUAACUUCUGCAAGCGUUCAGUAGUGAUCAUACUGUAUUAUUUAUUAGCUUUCUCUUUGCACACGGUUCUGUCAAACAGCUUUAAGAUAUCUCUUGCCAAAAAGGAUCACCGUAUUCUGUAUCAAUGUUCCAAAGUGCUAUUUCUGUGUAAAACUGGUGGAACUUUAUUGACGCCAACGGAGUCCUAUAAGAAGUAAAAGUGAAACAUUUAUUGCCAUAGUUUGCAGUAGAGAUGCACAAGUAUUAAGGGAAAUAUUUAGCACUUUAUUUCUUUUGAAGACCCAACAGUAUCUCUCCCAUGCUUUAUAAGUCCUUUGUAGUUACUGGCAGUCAUUAACAUAGUUUUAAAAAGCAAAAUAUAAUUUCUAAUAGACCAUUCAUGCCUUAUGCAACUGCUAAAAAGUAUCCUUAUGGCUUUCCCGUUCAUUUUUGGACAGAUUUUAAAGACAACACCUACUUAGCCAUCACUUUCUUUUGCUCCCUCAAAUAAUGACUUCUACUGUCUUUCACUGCAGUCCAGUCUGAUCUUUUAAUGAAGAACAGUUGAAGGUUCUCCCUGACAAUGUAACCAUUGUUAAAAUUUGUUGGAUAGUUUUCUCUUUAGAAUACAACUGCAAGCACAAAGUGUUGUUUCACUUACAGUAGCAAUAGUAUUGUGUGUCUACUUUUCUGACCAUUUGAAUCUAUAUCUUGUGCUGGUCUUUGUGCAGUAUCUUACUAUGUAUUAUAAGCUGCUGAUAGUCUUUAUUUAAUUAGAUGGGUGGAAAAAUUAACAUGGGGAAUAUGUCAAGAUGCAAUGUGGGGUCGAGAGUUUUAUCCAAUGAGACAAGUAUCAUAACUGAAGAGUGCCUUUAACUAGAGUGUGGCGAGGAGCUCUCUAAGGAUUAUGUAAUGAGCAACCACAUGUGGCUUCCUGUUACUGAACUAUCUAAUCUGUCCCCUUAUGUUCAUCUUAGAUUUAGCAGCAAAAGGAAAAGUGGAAAUAUGUAACUUCAGAUGCAUGGCAAAGUGGUUGUACGAUACCUUAACAUCUCAGGAUGUUGAUAAAGUUAACAGGUAUCAUAUAUUAAAAAUCCCCAUAAAGGUGUCAGUAUACCAGCAAUAAUCUAUUCACUAGUCAGAAUGAAUAAGGGCCAGUUAGAAGAAUUAUUUUACUGCGGUGUAAACCUAAAAGUUGUGUAAAACUCUUCUUAAAUUGGAUGCAAGUAAUUUAAUGUGAGGAAACCAGGCAGUUUCAUUUAUUGUGGUUUGCACUGUUUCCUGCACUGACCAGAGAGACACCUUUCCUUUUACUGCACAUUUUGAGCUGAUGGAGACUUCAAAAUGAUGAGAGUUGAAACUGGAAUGACCCACAGAAAUGUGUAGACUUUUCUAGCAGAGAAGAAUGAAAACAUGUAGCGUAUGUGUGUUAACUGUUGUCUUUAACAUUUUGGUUAAUUGCUUUACUCUGGCUAUGUCAUCUCAAAGCUGUGCUUGUGUCCAAAUGGGAUGCAGGUGAAUAGGUUCUAGAUUUCAAACUUUAAAACCUAAAUAAGGGAGCUGAUGGGUCAGUAUAAUACAGGAAAUUCUUCUGAUGUUGCAUGCUGUCCUACCCUGCGUUAUGCCACUGCUUUUUUAUCCCGUUAAGCAAAGGAAAGAAACAAUAUGUGUAAAUAAUAGCGAGUAUUUGUUAUUGCAUUCUCCCUAUUUUCGCCUGUAAAAUUUAGGAGGGAACUGUGGUAUUCCCUGAGCUAAUAAUAGAUUGUAAAAGAACAUCUGCACAUCUUUUCUCCAUGUGCCCUAUUUGUUUAAUUGCAACAGAUUUACAUAGAAAGAGUAUGGUACAUCAUAACUAGGCAAUUAUCCAUUCUUCAUCACUUAGUUAUGGUGCUGCUAAUUGAUCAUUUAAGACAUAAGAUAGUCUAACAUUAGGAGAAUUUGAGACUGUUCAAAAAAGAUCAACAAAUUAAUAUUGUUGUGUGAUAUUUGCAUAAUUGGCUGCAAUUAUUUAAUGUUUAAUUGGGUUGAUCAAAUGAGAUUCAGCCUUUCACAUGCUUAUGUUUUACAAACACUGGUACUUUAAAAUGAUAAUAAUGAACUCUAAUUUUCGUAUGUUCUUUCUUCUCCCCUUCAUUGUUUUUAUUGUUAUUUUCAGUAUUGAGCAUGUCCUUAAUUUUCAGUUUGGUGAGCAUGAUUCAUGCAUAGGAAAGAAGUCCUUCAAAUGAGAGAACUUUUCAUGAAACUGGCUUUUCAUAUAAGCUGUUGUGAUGCCAAGAGUUAUGGCUUCAGCAACUGGCAUUACUUAACUAGAUUCUUGACUGCAAUGAGGGCAAAUUUGCUGAGAAUUUACAGUGACAGACUCUGGUGAGAAUGCUAAUAAAGGUUCCUGCUUAGGGUAGAUAAUCUGUUCAGUCUGUAGCAGUGCAAAGCAAACAUGAUUUUUCUGGGAUAUAGACAGGAAGUCUGAUAAGACAAAAGGAAGAUAAGAGAGAGAUCUUUCUGCCCAGCCAUUGUUUACACCUGUUCAACUAUUUCAAGCCAAAAAGCAGUUGUCCUCCACUCCUCCUCUUUCUAGAUAAACUGUUGGUUAGGGUUUACCUAAUUCAACAGAGAGGUAUCAUUGAUCUUCUUCUGUAUGCUUAUUUUAUGCUUAUUUUUCCUCAGGCAUGAAGAAUGGUAAUUUGGAAAAACAUGAUAUUUGAAAGAGUCAUUUGGAGUGCAAGUUAUUUGAAAUGUCUGUGUAAUGCAUGGUCUUCCAAGGAGUUAGAAAAACAGCUGGGACUGAUCUCAUAGCUGCCUAAUUAGAGGAGGAACCCUCUUGAAUUCAAUGGCCUCUCCAAAACAAUCUGCAUAAUCUCAACAGAUUGCUUAGUGUGAACUGUCUGUUGAUAGUGCCUUCCUAUGAAAUAGAAUACAGAUACGGUAGCACAGCCUGCCAGACUAUGGCACACUGGCUCUCUCUGCAUGGGAUUCACCCUACUGAUGGUAAGUUUUAAUAUUCUAGUGGCAGGCUCAUAUACUGAGAGGUGGGCAGGUGUAAAUGAUGGCUGAGCAUGCCCUGAGGUGGGCCGUUCCUUGCUGUCUUUUUCUCCCUUCCACACAGACUUGCAGCCCCUUUUCCCCAGUCUCCUAUCAUGAUGCCACUUAGUCUCUUAUAUAAAAGUGACCAUUUAAGCAAAUUUUGCAUUCUUUUAGCAGUAUGACAGUUUUAAAAAAAAAAAAAGUGUUUUGUUCAUCUUGCAGGUGUUCAGGGAUCAGAAUUGCACUUUACCACCUGCACAUGUAAUGCCUGAACAGACUGCCACUGACUUUGUGACCCUGGACAAGUUAUCUAACCUCUUUGUAAGUGCAGAGUAGUAGUACUACCACUUAUACCACUUUUAACUCUAAUCCAAACUUUUCCAUAAAAAGUUACUUCUCUACAGAUCAAAUAAGCUUUCCAGAAAGCUUUUUAAGCAACAGAGAAGGAUGCCAUGUAAAGUCCAGUAUUUCAAAGAUUGCUUUAGAGUAGAAGUAUCUUGGUUAUGCAGAAGAAAAAUGUUAUUUGAAUGGGAUAUAUAUUUAAGGUUUGCUGUAUGAACCCAUAAACAAGUAAAAUAGGUAGUUCAGAAUAUAAAGUAGCAUACAGGAAGAUCUUGAAAAGAGAAUUUACUUCCACCUCUCAAACAGUGCUAUCUUAUUUAAAAAGGAUGCUUGAAGAAAGCAUUUUACCUCUCAAUGUAGAGUCAUUAGAUUACAACUAACAACUAACACUUCAUCAUGUAGCACUGAGACAGACCUCUUUAUCAAUCUUCACUACAAAUUUUCUGAACUGCAAUAGUUAGCAAUUGGUAAGUGUCAAAAAGCUGUGUUUUACUGUAUUUUGUCACUAUCCUCAAGAUUUGGAAAAGUAACUCGUAGGUCCUAAAUCAUUUAAGCUAAGUAACUUCUUAAUAAGUAUUUGUAUUUUUAGUCAUAAUAGAAAAAGAGAGUACUGGUAUUGCAUUGGUGAAAAAUACUGUUGUCAAUCCUUCUGUCCAUGCCUUGCUUUAAGCGUGAUGGUUAUUAGUGGGAAUUCCAGAAUUUUUUCCCUGACUAUGCAAAAUCUGAGUGCCAUCUAUAGCACAGUUGGCAAAUAUAUCCCCAAUUCCAUAAACAAAACUGACUUAGCCAUUACCUAGAAUGGUCAAGUACAUUAGGGCUUAGCAGAUGUGGAACAAUACUCAAUUAGAAUAGUCAAGCCUUAGAUUUGGAACAAAUUCUUGGAAUUAGUAGCUCAGAUAGAAAUAAAUCUUGUUAACCAUACCCAAAUUUACUAGAAAUAAUGGUGUUUAAAUUCACUGGUAAUACCAGCAUGGCUAGAUCCUCAUCCCUCUCUCUGAACAUGAAUUUAUACUGUUUGCUUAUCUUAAAACUUAAUUUAUUGUGUCUCAUUUUUACUACAAUCCUGAAUUCUCAUGCCAUGCUUUAAAAAAAAGAAUCUAAAAUUUCAUGUUCAUAGGAAGAUCUUAAGGAGGAUUUAAGACCUUAAUACAGAAUUUUACAGUCUUCAAAUUAUCUGCUGGAUAAAGUUUAGGUAGAAAAAGAGAAGACAACUUUGGGGAAAUAAUUAACUACAGUGUUCCAAAUGGUUUUCCAACACUGGUCAUUUUUGGGUUUUACCAAAGAGGUAUGCAGGGAAUAGUAGAUAAAAUAAGCAUAGUGCUUUUUUUGCUAAGCAAGAGUUGGGGAAGUUUCCAAGAGCUGGUUCUCUUAAUAAUGCUAACUCUUUAUAAGACUUGAUUCUGUCAAGCUUAGAGCAGUCAUUUAAGUGUGAGAUGGAGGAGCUCAGAAGUUAUCUCAGGCAGUACUAUCUUGCAGGAACAGAUUUUGUUUCAUUUUAUGAUCAAAGUGAUCAAGGUAUGAACAAGGAAUCUUUUAAGUUUUGCACCUUUUUACAAAAAUUUUGCUUUUCAUUUUAGAAUUCUGAUAUAGUAUCACUGAACUAUUAUCUUAAACUGUUGUGUCUCAGUAAGUUAUGAGAAGAAAGCAAACAUUCUUAUUCUUUGUGUAAUCACCUUCUUCCUGUAUGCCAAAUCCCCUCUUCAUUAUGAUUUGGUCACCACUAGAAUCGUGACCUCUUCAGGUGAAGUAAUAUGGUUUUUCUGUACUAUACCCUACUAGUGCACUCUUGGGUUUUUAGUAAGUACUAAGUACUUGCAGCAAAUGCCAGAGCAAAAAGUAAAGUGAAAAGUCUUCUGUUUCCAGAACAGGCAUGCUAAGGAAUGAGAGUAAAAUCACCCAUCAAGUCAGUCAAGACAGGAGGUCAGAAGAACGUCAUUACCAUUCUCAUUCAGUCCAAAACAGAGACUACCCAGGUAUACCAAAUGUCUAGCAGGAUGGUAGAUUGCUAUUGCUAUUUAAGAAUGCUCUUAUUCAGUUGCUUAAAUAUCUAUGUCUGUGCCUACAUUUUUAUAACUUGGGCCCUAGUAUCUUAACUGAAAGCUGCAACACACCUUUAUAUGUCAUGAAAGAGUAAAAUAUUAGAUCAAAACAGGUAAUGCUUCAGAUCAUCUAACAGUGAGAAACUGUUUUCUACAGGUCAGUGGCCUGUUCUCUUCCCAUAAUUUAUAUUCAUUUUCUAAUGGCCCAGUAGUUGACUAGAACUGCAAGUAGGAGACAAAUAUAUCUUACUUCUAUUCCAUAGUCGAGAAUGUUGACAAAGAGUGAAUCUAUUCCUUCCAUCUCCUGGGGAGAUGGCUUGGACUCUAGCUUGGCCACUAUAGUAGAGAGUGACAGAAUGUAAAAUGUUCUUUGCCAUGACGGAGACAAGUAAGAGUUUUAUCUGAAGCUAUUUGCAAACGAUUUGUGUCGAAGCAGUAAAUUUGGAAAGAUAGAUGUCCCAAUCUACCUGACCUUUGAGGCAUUUAGAAGGGUGCAGUAGUAGUUAUUGGAAUUGUAGCAUAUCAGCAGUGGGAAAUUAGCAGCUUAAAGAGGGAGAAUUAUACACCUCUGAAGGGUCUCUGUUUUCUCAAAUGUUAAAGUUAACUGGGUAUUUUACAAGGAUCUGAGCAUAUAAAAGCAGUAAAGGACAGAUGUGUGAAAAAAUACUGGAUAAACUAAAGGAAACUCUACCUCAUUCUUCUCUAAAGGUUUUGUAGAAGCACAAUUAAGCACUCCUAAUGGCAUUGUUACGUACAGACCAUCUGGCAUGAAAGAAACACUUUAUAUUUGUAUGUCUAUAAAUCCUGUAAUAACUGUAUUUUGCUGGCAGUAGAAACAGUCUACACUAUUUGCAGUUUUCCUCAUCAAAUCUGUAAUUAUGCAAUGUUUCUGUCUCCAAUAAAGGAAUUUAAUGGGCA